AUGGAAUAUGCCGAACAUGGAGAUUUGAACCAACAUCUCAUGAAUUCAAAACCAACGCUAGAGCAGAUCAAGGAAAUCACCUAUCAGAUUCUCAAAGGGCUCGUGGUUCUUCGCGGCAAAGAUAUAUGCCACCAGGAUUUAAAGCCGCAGAAUGUCCUUAUUACCUCAUUAGAGCCCAUCCACAUCAAACUUGCCGAUUUUGGAGUAUCCAAGUGUCUUGAGGGCACAGAGUUAAGAACCAGGGUAGGGACGUCAGGCUUUCUCGCCCCUGAGCUUCUAGGAGCUCUGCCCAGAAAAUAUCGAUUCUCUUCGAAUGGAUCAAACUCGUAUACCAAGACAGUCGAUAUAUGGGCUUUAGGAUUUCUCGUUUAUAAUAUACUUACUCUAGAGGCUCCAUUCCUUGCCACUGCGUCUGUCGUGGGAGGAUCGAUCACCUCAGGAACUAUUUCUCAGGGAUAUUGUCGAAGAGACUUUGAUUAUAACCUCUUUUAUCAAUACUGUAAUCACGGCGAAAAUCAUGUUUCUAGCUCUUUGAAAAUAUUUAACGUGGCUGAGGGCGAGAUUGAGUUCGUAGGUCGGCUCCUAGUCGUUGAUCCUAGGUCCAGAAUUUCUGCUGCAGCCGCACUCAUAGACCCGUGGCUUUUUCCGCCCUUAUACGUCCUUAGUCCAUCUCCGAUAAAGAAUAGAACUACCGGUCCUCGAGACGAUAUAUUUUUAUUUGAAGCAGCAAAUAACGGGCGUAUGGAUCUUGUUCAUACCCUCUUGACAGCCGGAGCCGAUGUCCGAUGGACCAAUGACAAUGGAGACACCGCCCUGCAUGUCGCUGCUAAGAAUGGCCACCAUGAUGCUGUAAAGGUCCUGCUAGAAAAGGGUGCGGUUUUGGACGCAGUAGACGAUGAGGGAAUGACCGCACUUCAUUACGCUGCUUAUCGGGGCCAUGAAGCCGUUGUUCGGUUUUUGCUAGGAAAGGGUGCGGAUUUGGACGCAGUAGACAACAAUGGAAUGACCGCGCUUCAUCGAGCUGCUGAUGGGGGCCAUGAAGCCGUUGUUCGGCUUUUGCUAGAAAAUAGUGCGGAUCCGAGAGCGAUAGACGAAGAGGGAAUGGCCGCGCUUCAUCACGCUGCUUAUGAGGGCCGUGAAGCCGUUGUUCGGAUUUUGCUAGGAAAGGGUGCGGAUCCGAGAGCGAUUGCCUUCCGGACACGACGUACCACACUACAUGCGGCUGCCCGCGGAAAUUGUGAGAGUGUUGUUCGACUUCUACUAAAAAAUGGUGCGGAUGCGAGCGCAGUAGACAUAUUUGGAAAAGUCCCACGAGAUCUCACUCAAAAUUUUGCAUGUAAAAAGUUAUUGAGUUAA